GUUAAAAAGGGUUCCCCAGUCCUUUGACCCAAAAGCCACUCGAUUUUGUCAACACGGAAAGCGUUCACCCCGCCCAUUACCGUUUUCGAACACUCUCGACUCCACCUUUUGCAUCCCAUCCCUUUCUCGACUGCAUAUACAUUUAUUCACCAUGAACCACGAGACAAAGGAAGCUAUUCUCAAGGCCACCGAGGUUGUCAAGACCGUCGUCCACUUUGGCUUCAUCCCAUUCGUGAUCUACCUCGGAUUUACCCGAAGCGACCCCAAGCCCUCGUUGAUCCGCCUCAUCCUUCCCUUGGCUUAAAUAUGUACAGGAGCUCAGGAUGCGACGACAGCGGGUAGCAGCAAAAGGACGAAGACGAGAAGGAGGAGGAGAAGGAGGGCAUCCAACAUCUUAUUGCAGAUCAUGAUGGAGCCAUAACAGAACUUUACUGGACACCCACCGAGCAACUAUCUAUGCUCAAAAUAAAUAAAAAACGACAUUCGCACAGAAGUAGACCAC